AUGGACCUCCUGAAUCUGACUUUGACGAUUACGACCAUCGGAAACUCUGAGUCACUCUGUCUCCAUAAGUCUACUUUGGAGUCAAUUUGGACCCGACCUUCAGAGAAUGACAUGCCAGACUUCAUUUGGGGCGUCAGCCAGUCUGACUACAUGGAAUCAUUUGCGGAUUUUACAGCUUUGAAAGCCUUUUGCAUUUACGUUCGCAAAUCUGUGCAAGUGGAUGAGCACGGAUGGCCUUCACAAAAGCUGGAUGAUCUUCCUUCGUCGCUGGAAGUGCUCCUCCUCGCAAUUAAUGAGGCAGGCAAUGAAUCACAUUUACAAAAAUCUGGAGGACUUGGCCCAGUUGGUCAAUUGGACUAG